AUCAGAAAACCUAUGUGAUGGUGCUGGUGAUGACAGUGAUGAUGACGCAUUACUUCAAGAAAGAAAGAGUAGAAAAACUGACAGUUGGCAAUUUCCUAGGAUGGAGAAUGAAGUGUGUGAUAGGCCUGCAAAGAAAACACCUAAUGAAAAGAACAAGGUGAAAGAACAAAUACAGUCUAUGAGUGACCAUGAUGACUUAACUUGGUCAUCUGCAACAGCCCCAGAGGAUUAUUUUGUUAUCCUAUUGAAAAUGCAAGAUGCCAUUCUUUCCCAGCAAAGAUUAGUAGAACUUAAAAGCAAUGAGUGUGAAAGACUCACAAUAAAAAUUGGAAAAAUGGAAAACGAGGUUAGCGUUCUGCAAGAUGAGCUCUAUGAAGCCAAAAAAAUAAUGUCACAGUUAAAUUAUGAAAAAGCCGUAUGGGAAUGUGAACUCUCUACUUUGAGAUGUACCUUAAAAGAAGAAGGAGAGAAGAGAAGAAAUGCUGAUCUGUUACAUGAAAACACUCGAGAAGAGAUAAGAAAAAAGGAAGAGGAAUGCAGGAAAGAAGUUGAAAUGAAACAACAAGCUGAAGAGUCUGUCAAAACACUGAAUGCAGAAAUGAAUAUAUUAAGAAACUAUUUGUCUGAGCUUGCAGAAAAGUACAACGAGAGUCAGAGGCAGCUAUAUGGAGAGCGGAAUGCCAGACAAUUACAAGGUUGGAUUCUGGCCAAUCAACUUUACACACAAACUGAAACAGAAAUGACUCUGAGGGAAAUGGAAUCUCAGAUUUGUCAGAGUUAUGAAAAAGAACGAUUUCUCAUGCGUACAAAUGACAUGUUGCAUGAAGAAAUAGCCAUGCUACAAAUGGAAAUAGCCACAAUAAAAUAUCAGAAUGAGGAAAAAGAAAAUAAGUAUAUCAACCACAUUAAAAUUGUGGAAGAAGUGAAUGAGAACCUUCAAAUGACCAUGAAAAAGAAUGUGGAAAAGUUAACAGACACAGUAUCUCAGUAUAGUGACCAGCUUAAUGCUCUGGCAUGUGAGAAUGCCUUGCUAAAUGCUCAACUACAAAAUGAAAAAGAGAGCAAGGAACAACUGAAAGCAGAACUUGAAUCCUGCAGUUCUAGACUGACUGCUGCAAUACAUGAUCAAUACGUUGAUCAAAUUCUGAUGUCAGGAAGAGACGUCGAAAUGUCUUUCCAGAGAGCAGGACAUGAGUGGUUUUGCUUACGGAAUGAAAUAAAUGUACCUGUGUCUGAUCUCAAAGAAAACCAUGAGACUUUUGGUCAAAACUGUUCUAAGGCUCAAAGUCAAAUCGGUAGCCUGGAAGAUGAGUUCCAUAGCACAAGAAAUGUUCUGAGAGAUAAGACUCUGUCUUUGGAAUGUGUCCAAAGACACCUCUACCAAACAGAAUGUCAAAUGGAAAAGAUCAAUCAAAUGUAUGAAAAUGAACAAUAUCAAGUGAAGAAAUACAUUGGACAACAGGAAUAUCUAGAGGAGAGAAUAUCUGAACUAGAAAGAGGAAAUAUGUUGCUUCGAGAGCAACUGGUGUACGCUCACAGCAGAGCAGAGCAUAAAGAGGAGACACUGAUGAAUAUGCGAGAGCAAUUUCAAGAUACUGUGAAAUCCUUCUAGCUGAGAACGGAAAGCAAACCCGUCUGCUAGAAGAUAGAAUUAAGCAGUUAAUCGGUGAAUGCAAUCAGUUGAAAGAAAGGCUGUAUCAAAAUGAAAAAGGGAAACCAGAAGAAGCACAAGCAGCAUCGGAAGAAUACAGACGACAGUUGAGAGAGAAUCAUCUGGCUGCAAUAAGCAGUCAGAGGGAAUUCAGAAUGAAUAAUCUUGAAUCCCAAGUCUCCAAUAUGACAACUGCUCCAGAAGAUUUUCAUUGUAUUGAACUGGAAAAAUAUAAACACUUCUAUCAAUUAGAGUUAGAAGACAGAAAAUACUUGCCAAAGAAACUAAAAAUAGCUACUGAGAGGCCAGCAGCGUUCAGUAGCAGUCUUGUUGCAGAGACACAGGAGACCAGAAGUUUCUCUGGCCCUUGUACAAUGAGCACAGAGUCAGCUUCUGCUGGAACUGUUGUUGAUGGGUUAGGUCUUCACAGAGAAUUUCCUGGAAGAGAAUACUCACUGUUUUCUUCUUCCUGCCCAUGGACUUUAGAUACCAGCUUGAAGAAUAACUUGAGUGAGAUGCAGCAGGAGUUGGAAGAAAUAACUGUAGGACUAGAAGUAGGUGCUGCUGGAUACAGUCCUCUAGAAGAGUUUCUCCUCUAGGAUACAUUAAUGAGUCAAGUCUAAAUGAAUAUAUUCUUUGGAAGGCAUCUCAACAAUAUAUGCCAAUUUUUUUU